GUGUUUUGCUGUGGUUGCGGUUUGUAUCGCCGGCGAAAAAUAAUUAUUUCCCUUGAGAUUUGUGUCUUGUUUAUUGUAAAAAAUGAAGGAAAACAAUUCUGAAGUUGUGGACAGCAAGAAUGUCGUCAAGAACCGGGAGCUUCUGUACCGUAUGAUUAUCAGUCAGCUGUACUAUGAUGGCUAUCAGCCCAUCGCAGCGACCUUGUCUGCUGCCGUCCACGCGGACCCACCGUGCCCACCGAGCGAUAGGCUCCUGAACUUGAUGAUGGUCGGUCUGCAACACGAGCCCGACCGCAAGGACCGUUUAGCAGCGUCCAGCGGAGCCGAGCAUCUACUCGGGACAACUGGUUUGGACCUCGAGUUCGAAAUGGACGCCUCCUCCUUAGCGCCGGAGCCGGCGACGUACGAGACUGCGUACGUGACGUCACACAAGAUGGCGUGCCGCGCCGGCGCCUUCAGCGCGUGCGGACAGCUCGUGGCUACGGGCAGCGUGGACGCCAGUAUCAAGAUCUUAGACGUGGAGCGAAUGUUAGCCAAAUCCGCUCCGGAGGAAGUGGAUCCUGGGAGGGAGCAGCAAGGACAUCCAGUCAUCAGAACUCUCUACGACCACACAGACGAGAUCACAGCGCUGGACUUCCACCCUCGCGAGCAGAUCCUAGUCUCAGCAUCGCGAGACUGCUGCAUCAAGCUGUUCGACAUCACCAAGGCAUCCGCUAAGAAAGCAUACAAGUCCAUCACUGACGCCGAACAAGUCCUGUGCGUGGCGUUCCACCCGCUAGGCGACCACAUCAUAGCGUCGACCACGCACCCGGUCAUCCGGCUCUAUGACGUCACCACCAGCCAGUGCUUCGUGUGCCCGAUCCCUACGCAUCACCAUAAGAAGCAGGUCAACUCUAUACGGUUCUCUCCAAACGGCAAAUACUUCGCCAGCGGCAGCGCAGACGGGACAGUCAAGCUGUGGGACACGGUCUCCAACAGAUGCUUCAACACGUUCAUAAACGCGCACGAUGGCGCCGAAGUGUGUUCAGUGGCUUUCACUAGGAACAGCAAGUACCUCAUGACGUCGGGACUGGAUUCUUCCAUCAAGCUAUGGGAGCUGGCAAGCAGCAGGUGCCUCAUACAAUACACCGGCGCCGGCACUACAGGCAAGCAAGAGCACCACGCCCAAGCCGUGUUCAACCACACGGAAGACUAUGUGAUGUUCCCAGACGAAGCGACCACUUCUCUUUGCACGUGGCACUCUAGAAGUGCCAGCAGGUGUCAACUAAUGUCUUUGGGGCACAAUGGCGCUGUCAGGUUUAUAGUCCACUCCGGUACGGCACCGGCGUUCCUGACAUGCAGUGACGACUACAGAGCCAGGUUUUGGUAUAGAAGGAACACGCACUAAAGUUACACCAAAUUGUCUGUGUUUGUUUGACAUUGUCUAACGUUGUUUGACAUUGUCUAUAGCUGUAUGACAUUGUCUAGCGUUGUUUGACAUUGUCUAACGUUGUUUGACGUUGUAUGUAAUUUGUGUAAAAUCUUGCUAUAUUACGCAUGAAAAUACUUUCAAAUUAUUAGGUUAAGUUUAGGCUAAGAUUUAAAAAUAAAGAUAUUUGCA